AAGAAGAGGGUUUUCAGAAGAGAGUAAAGAAAUUCAGAAGAGAGAGAGAGUGCUCGAGUGAGAGAACUCGAGUGAGAGAAUAAAAACAGAAGGAGAGAGAGAGAUUGUUGGACGGGGUCUUUGAGAGAGAGAGGGUCCUCUUGGUUUAGGAGAAUAGAAAAGGGAGGAGAAAGGAGAGGCAAGGGAGGCUGUUUCGAGAGGAGAGGAGAGAACUCGAGAGAGGGGGUUUCCUUUUCGUGGUUUUCCUCUGGGAAGUUGCCGAACGGUGAAGAAGAAGUGAAAAGGGAGGAGGGCCGAGAAAAUCAAGAGAGAAAGAAGGAGAACCGAGAGAGAGGAAAAAGGAGAGCUGUGAGAGAGAGCUUGUGGGAGAGAAAAUCAGAAACAGAGACGGAUGCUAAUUUGCUUCAAUCGGCCACCUCGACUGCUAUCAUCGAUCUUACCUUCUUCAAACCCCCAGCGCCGCUCCUAGUAAUUCUGAAUUGGGGUUCCUCAGCGCUGAAAGCCUAACCAUAUACUGAACCUUUGCAUACAAGUUCGGCAUCAUCAUCUGUCUUUAGGUUACAAGAGAUGAGAGUGAAGAAGCAGAAGCAUCAUCGUAGAAGUGUAAGGUUCUAUACUGCAUGUUUUGGCUUUCGAGAACCCUUCAAGAUACUUUGUGAUGGAACUUUCAUCCAUCACCUCCUUGUCAAUAAAACUAAGUCAGCCAAUGAUGCCCUUUCUAAUAUCCUUGGUUCCCCAGUCAAGCUCUACACAACAAGAUGUAUUCUUGCAGAGUUGAAAAGUCUUGGAGACUCCUAUUCUGAAACUCUUCAAGCAGCUCGUAAUCUCUUCAUGGCAAGAUGUGAUCAUGAGAGGAGAAAGAGUGCUGUAGGAUGCAUUGAGGAGGUUGUUGGAGAAAAUAAUGCUGAACACUUCUUUAUUGCUACUCAAGACACCAGUAUUCGGGAAAAGUUUCGGGAGGUGCCAGGUGUUCCUGUGAUAUUUGGUUUGAGAAACUCCUUGUUCCUUGAGCCUCCGUCAGCAUUCCAACGCCAAUUCGUUAAAUCUACAGAAGAGGAACGCUUACAUAUGACAGAAAUGGAAUAUAAGAUGAUAAAAAAGAAGGAAAAGAACAAAUUAGAGGCCAAAGUUGCAACAGAUUCCCCUGAUGCACAUGAAGGUUUAGUAGAUCAAGUUGUAGUGCCAGAGACUGUAAAUCUCAGAAAAGUUAGAAGAAAAACACUUGGUGUAACAGAUAAAGCUAAAUUUAAGAGAAAGAAAGCAAAGGCUCCAAAUCCACUUUCAUGUAAGAAGAAAAAGAUUCGUGACCAACCAUCUCUUUCUUCUAAUCAGGAAGCAUGGCUGCAGGAUGACAAAGAUGGUGGCAAGGGCCGUAGGAAGAGAAAUAGGAAAAGGAGGAGGUCAGGCAAGAGCAUCAACCCUAACACCACUGAUAGUUAAGCAGUGGAUUUAGUGAUCUUCAUGGUAUUGGGACUAAUGGUUAAACUAUUACACUCAAUGAACUGGUAUUGCAUUUCAAAUAUACAUUCUAACUUGGGGAGAUUGAUACUUCUGAAUUGUCAAUAUUUGCAUUUAUCAGUGGACCAGAUUGAUACUUGUGGUCCUUUGUGUAUAAGAAUUUCCAGAUUUGCAACACAGGAAACUUAAUAAAAUUCAAAUUACAUUCA